CAACAGUAUGUUAAUGGGCUAAACUCGAGGGGUCACACUGGUCUCCAUCUGGAAUUGCAUAAACAAACCUCGCUACUGGAAUAAAAUCACAAAUAUGUCGUUUAAUAUAAUGCAAAAGCUGACAAUGCAGUGUCUGAAGGCGGACCAGCCGCUGAUGACCACCGUGCGCAAUGCCAGCAAGAAAACCGGCGGAAGUACGAGGAACAAGAAAGGCCAUGCGAGGCCCAAACAUCGCGGAUGGCGCGUCCAGGAUGGACACUACGUCUCCGAGGGCACCAUACUGGCCACCCAACUCACCACGCGCUUCCAUCCGGGCCUGAAUGUGGGUUUUGGACGUAACGGAACGCUGUUCGCCAUGGAGCACGGCAAGGUUUAUGUGACCUGCGAGGCGAUCGAUCCCAACUGGGACCACACCUGGAUUCAGCGGAACUACGCCGGCCGCCAGGACCAGACCAUCUAUAAGAAGUUCUUUAAUGUUGUGCCCGAAAAUCAGCACCAGCGAUUUCGUCUAGUGGAGGAAAUCUAGGUUGUUAAAUACAAAAUUAAAACCAAAUAGAAAA